AUGAGCCCGACGCGACAGGCGAAGCCAUGGGGGAGAUUCGAGAUUUCAACAUCACCCUUUGUGCUUCCUGUUCAUCAAGAGCGGCUGGGAGGGGGGGAGGAGCUCAAUUACCUCCAAAUUCCACGGGCGCAAGACAGCCAACAGCUUGUUCAACCCGUCAGCAAAGGUGGCAUUCUAGAAAUUUCACUGGUUGUUCAAUCUGCAAAGCAUGUCAGAUGUGAUGAAGCAGCACCUACCUGCUGCAACUGCUUAAAAAAGAGCUUUCACUGCAAUGGUGCCCAGAGUGAAACACUCUACAAAUUCAUUGACCCCAGCCAGGUGGCUCCAAUCAAAACCGGUGUCUCCAGCUCACAUUCAUUGCCAUAUAAGGAUCCAACUUCCCCUUGCCAACAUUCUAUGGAUUUGCAAAGUGGAUCCACACUUCAUCAGAAUUUCUUACUAUGGCUCGUGAUCUCCAGUCCCAUUCCUCCAGCGAUGGUCCACUAUUCUGAUAUCCGUGGUGAUAUUUGUCGCGGCGAUGAAAAUGCACCCUUGGCUUUCAUUGUUUUCAUUUCAGAGCCUGUACUUCAAGAGCGGCUGGAGUAUCUGAAGGCUCAUAUUUUUCAUCUACAGUGUAUCCUUCGCACAUUCUCUGAGAAUAGAUUUGAUGGACCUCUGGCAUUACCAUACGCGCUUUGUCUGGUAAAAAUUCUUCGACAACACGCAGGGCAGCAAUUGUCUGUGAAGAGAUUGGAUGAUACCAUCCAAUUCCUCUCCACACGAUUGAGAGGGCUGCUGUCAACACCUCUGUUAUAUACCGGUCGAGGUCGCGUAAGUCGUGCAUCACUUCUACUUCAACGGCAGGUGUUCCACGAGCGUCAGAACUUGCCAGGAGAUCUCUGGCAACGGAGCACUGUUUUGAGCUUCUCCAUGAAUGACAAUCUAACUGUAACAUUGUUCCUUACAAAUCAUCCCUAUUUCAAAGUACCUGAUGAGAUUUGGAAUGGUGUUAAUUCCUUGGAUUCAGAACAUCUUAAUGAGGCGUUUGUGCCAAUACUGCGCAUGAAUCCUGAACAGGAACACUUAACGGCCGAGGAAGAGCAGAUAAGCAGCAUCCGGGUUACAGUUGAACGCGGUUUAUUAAAAGUUGGACGUGAAAAAAGGGCUCAAUCCGAGUUCCCCGGGCAGGAAGCAAGCUACAAAGAGCAAAGACAAAACGGGAUUGAACAAGAUUUGAUCCAAGUCCUUGAAGAAGUGAAAAUUCCAGAACAACAGAUGCCCAAAGAAAUCAAAAUAGCUCAGGAGGUGCCAUCAGUCAUGGUUGAUGAUUCUGAACUGCAACUGGCUGCAAGGCGAACAAGGGAGCCGCCCAAAAAUGCCGGCCAGAUAUACUGUGAUCACCCAGAUUGCCGCAAUCAUAUCCCAUACUUCAAGAGACGCAGUGACUGGAGAAGAGAUUCAUCAAAAAGGGAAGAAGUGGAUGUGUCCUUAUUCAGACUGUGA